AUGGAAGAAUGUCAUAGUGGGCAACUUCAUCAGAAGAAACAAGGUGCCAUUUCUAGUAACCAAAAAAACCCUAAUGGAAGAAUGGGGGAAAAUGGUCUAGAAAAGAAGGAUCAAGAUAAGGAAGGAAAUUCAGAACAGGAUUUUGAAGAACAGGGGAAGGACGAUAGAGUGGUAAAAGAUUUAGAAUCAAAGGCUGAGAAUGAAGAGGUAACAAACAAACUUGAACUAGAAGCAAAAAUCAAUACCAAAGAGGUUGUGGAAAAAGAAAGCGUGAGAGAAAGCAAGAAAGGGGAAGUGGGUGAAGGAAAUGGGAAAGAUAAAGAAGAGGCAGCUGAAUCGAUUGAAACUCCGUGCUAUAUGGGAAAAACAGAAAGGAAGAAAAGGUUUAAAAAGAAGCCAAAAACUGUAUUUGCCCCCGCCACUACAACCACCAAUUAUAGGCCUCCUCCUCCCCGUCCGGUCAAUAGGGAUGUUGAGAAGGGACUAGACAAGCCAAAAACAAGCCGCACCAAGGAUGGUGGCAUGCUUAUUUUGGCCGGGGCUGGUGCUGCCGUAGCUGCUGCAGCCGUAACAACAGCUGUUGUCACUAGCAGCAGCGGUUAUGAUGGAGGCGGCGGCGGUGGGGAUGGAGGCGGUGAUGGUGGGGAUGGAGGCGGCGGUGGUGGUGGUUGUGGAGGUGGGUGUGGAGGUGGUGGUUGUGGAGGUGGGUGCGGAGGAUGA